UUAGGCUGUUGGAGACAGGGGGUCAAGGAGUGAGUGAGUGAGGGAGAGAGCGGUCUGGGUCUUGCAUCUUAUCUCCACCAGGGAAAGACAGAACAGAGGGGGAAGAAGACUCUGACAGGGAACUGGAGGAAAGUCAUGUGUUCUCCCAUAGAAGAGAACCAGCCGUAAAGGACAAAAAGCGGUCCCCUCCUUCAGACAGACCCCCGGCCGCCCCACACCCCACUCCUCACCACAGAGCCGCAGCGGAGGAGCAGGAGAGCCCAGAGAGAAUAUGCUAACAGGUGUACCGCCUGCUCACCUGUAUGACAGGUGCAGAAGGAGAAGCUGCAUGCAGAGCUGAAACAGGUGCUGAGCCUCAAACGAAACCAACUAAGAGAGGCGUCCGAAAGCAACAUGGAUCCGCCACCACAGGUCACCGGAUCUCAAGAACUGGUGGAGGUUGUUGUGGAGACGGAGGCGGAGGCUGGAGCCAGUGGCUAUAGUGUGACAGGAGGAGGGCAGAAAGGCAUCUUUGUCAAAGAUGUGCUGAAAGACUCACCUGCAGCCAAACACCUGAGUCUGCAGAAAGGGGAUCAGUUACUGAGCGCCAGAGUGUACUUUGACAACGUGAAGUAUGAGGAUGCACUGAAGAUCCUGCAAUGUGCUGAACCAUACAAGGUUUCCUUCUUUCUGAAGAGAACAGUCGAAGGCGCUGAUGUCACUGUCCCACCAGGCACAGCCAACCUUGAACUGAAAGGACCCAAAGCUAAGAUGCCUAAAAUGAAUGUCAAGAGCAUCAAGCCCUUCAAGGCGAAGAAAAAGAGAGGUGGUAGAUUUGGAUUGAAGAGGCUGAAAGAAAACAAGAACGCAAGAGCUGGAGCAGAGUUGGAGGCAGAGGGGUCCCCAGGAAAGAUGGAGCUCAGUGCUGUGGAUGUGGAGUUUGCCUUCCCCAAAUUCAACAAGCUAAAGAAGGGUGGGAAAGCCUCAGUGGAAGGGGGGAAACUUCCUGAGUCAGAGUUGUCAGGAGGAUUGAUCACUGCAGGCAAGAAGAAGAGAAAGAUUAGGUUUCCCAGAAUGAGAGUGAAGGGUACUAGUGGUGUGGACACAUCAGAGGGGCAGGCAGCUUUUACACUACCAGAGGGCAGUGGUAGCCUCAAAGCCAAAGGGAAGGCCCCAAAGUUUGGGAUCACCUUUCCUAAGACAAAGAAAACCAAAGUCGACUUAACUCUGCCAGAGGGGAACAUUGAGCCACCUGAGGCUAAAUUUAGGCCACCUUCAGUAGAAUUUGGGUUUCAUUCUGGAAAGAAGGAUGCGGACCUGCACGAUAAGGACAUGAAGGAAAAAGAUGGGUUGAGUUUCAAACCUCCUGAAGUGGAAUUUUCUUUAGGGAUGCCUGCAGGAAAAGGAGAAAUAAGCUUACCCCACUCUAAAAUGGGAGUUAGGGGCAAAGGAGAGAUCAAGGGGCCUAAAGUAGACAUCAAGGGAGACAAAAUUCACAAGCCCAAAAUUGAUGUUUCACUUCCAAAAGGAAAAAUGCCCGGAGCAGGAAUUGAUGUUGAAGGCCUUGGUGGCAAAGCAGGAAAAUUUCAAACACCCACAUUAGACAUUUCUCUUCCCAAAAUCAAGUCACCAGAUGUAGACAUUGAUCUGCAGGGACCUGACAUCAAGGGAGGGAAGAUGCACAUGCCCAAAAUUGAUAUUUCACUUCCAAAAGGAAAACUGCCAGAAGCGGGCAUUGAUGUUGAAGGCCUAAGUGGUAAAGGAGGCAAAUUACAAAUGCCCACAUUCGAUAUUUCUCUUCCCAAAUUCAAGUCACCUGAUGUAGACAUUGAUGCAGAGGGGCCUGACAUCAAGGGAGGGAAGAUGCACCUGCCGAAAAUUGAUAUUUCCCUUCCAAAAGGAAAACUGCCAGAAGCAGGAAUUGAUGUUGAAGGCCUUGGUGGCAAAGGAGGCAAAUUUCAAAUGCCCACAUUCGAUAUUUCGCUUCCAAAAAUCAAGUCACCUGAUGUAGACAUUGAUGUCGAGGGACCUGACAUCAAAGGUGGCAAGAUGCACAUGCCCAAAAUUGAUAUUUCCCUUCCAAAAGGAAAAAUUCCAGAAGCAGGAAUUGAUGUUGAAGGCCUUGGUGGCAAAGGAGGCAAAUUUCAAAUGCCCACAUUCGAUAUUUCUCUUCCCAAAAUCAAGUCACCUGAUGUAGACAUUGAUGCAGAGGGACCUGACAUCAAAGGUCCUAAGAUGCACAUGCCCAAAUUUGACAUUUCCCUUCCGAAAGGAAAAAUGCCAGAAGCUGAAAUCGAUAUUGAGGGUCAUGGUGGAAAGGGAGGCAAAUUUCAAAUGCCUUCAUUUGAUAUUUCUCUCCCCAAAAUAAAAUCACCAGAUGUAGACAUUGAUGUGGAAGGACCUGACAUCAAAGGUGGCAAGAUGCACAUGCCCAAAAUUGACAUUUCCCUUCCAAAAGGAAAAAUGCCAGAAGCAGGAAUUGAUGUUGAAGGCCUAAGUGGCAAAGGUAGCAAAUUUCAAAUGCCAACAUUUGAUAUUUCUCUUCCCAAAAUCAAGUCACCUGAUGUAGAUAUUGAUGUCGAGGGACCUGACAUCAAAGGUCCUAAGAUGCACAUGCCCAAAAUUGACAUUUCACUUCCAAAAGGAAAAAUGCCAGAAGCAGGAAUUGAUGUUGAAGGCCUGAGUGGUAAAGGUGGCAAAUUUCAAAUGCCCACAUUCGAUAUUUCUCUUCCCAAAAUAAAAUCACCAGAUGUAGACAUUGAUGUCGAGGGACCUGACAUCAAAGGUCCUAAGAUGCACAUGCCCAAAAUUGACAUUUCACUUCCAAAAGGAAAAAUGCCAGAAGCAGGAAUUGAUGUUGAAGGCCUAAGUGGCAAAGGUGGCAAAUUUCAAAUGCCUACAUUUGACAUUUCUCUUCCCAAAAUGAAGUCACCUGAUGUAGACAUUGAUGUCAAGGGACCUGACAUCAAAGGUGGCAAGAUGCACAUGCCCAAAUUUGAUAUUUCCCUUCCGAAAGGAAAAAUGCCAGAAGCAGGAAUUGAUGUGGAAGGCCCUGGUGGCAAAGGAGGGAAAUUUAAAAUGCCUACGUUUGACAUGUCUCUUCCCAAAAUGAAGUCACCAGAUGUAGACAUUGAUCUGCAGGGACCUGACAUCAAAGGUCCUAAGAUGCACAUGCCCAAAAUUGACAUUUCCCUUCCAAAAGGAAAAAUGCCAGAAGCAGGAAUUGAUGUUGAAGGCCAUGGUGGAAAGGGAGGCAAAUUUCAAAUGCCUUCAUUAGACAUUUCUCUCCCCAAAAUAAAAUCACCGGAUGUAGACAUUGAUCUGGAGGGACCUGACAUUAAAGGUGGCAAGAUGCACAUGCCCAAAUUUGAUAUUUCCCUUCCAAAAGGAAAAAUGCCAGAAGCAGGAAUUGAUGUUGAAGGCCUGAGUGGUAAAGGUGGCAAAUUUCAAAUGCCCACAUUCAAUAUUUCUCUUCCCAAAAUAAAGUCACCAGAUGUAGACAUUGAUGUCGAGGGACCUGACAUCAAAGGUCCUAAGAUGCACAUGCCCAAAAUUGACAUUUCCCUUCCGAAAGGAAAAAUGCCAGAAGCAGGAAUUGAUGUUGAAGGCCUUGGUGGCAAAGGAGGGAAAUUUCAAAUGCCUACGUUUGACAUGUCUCUUCCCAAAAUUAAGUCACCAGAUGUUGACAUUGAUCUGCAGGGACCUGACAUCAAAGGUCCUAAGAUGCACAUGCCCAAAUUUGACAUUUCCCUUCCAAAAGGAAAAAUGCCAGAAGCAGGAAUUGAUGUUGAAGGCCAUGGUGGAAAGGGAGGCAAAUUUCAAAUGCCUUCAUUAGACAUUUCUCUCCCCAAAAUAAAAUCACCAGAUGUAGACAUUGAUCUGGAGGGACCUGACAUUAAAGGUGGCAAGAUGCACAUGCCCAAAUUUGAUAUUUCCCUUCCAAAAGGAAAAAUGCCAGAAGCAGGAAUUGAUGUUGAAGGCCAUGGUGGAAAGGGAGGCAAAUUUCAAAUGCCUUCAUUAGACAUUUCUCUCCCCAAAAUAAAAUCACCAGAUGUAGAUAUUGAUCUGGAGGGACCUGACAUUAAAGGUGGCAAGAUGCACAUGCCCAAAUUUGAUAUUUCCCUUCCAAAAGGAAAAAUGCCAGAAGCAGGAAUUGAUGUUGAAGGCCAUGGUGGAAAGGGAGGCAAAUUUCAAAUGCCCACAUUCAAUAUUUCUCUUCCCAAAAUAAAGUCACCAGAUGUAGACAUUGAUGUCGAGGGACCUGACAUCAAAGGUCCUAAGAUGCAUAUGCCCAAAAUUGACAUUUCACUUCCAAAAGGAAAAAUGCCAGAAGCAGGAAUUGAUGUUGAAGGCCUAAGUGGCAAAGGUGGCAAAUUUCAAAUGCCUACGUUUGACAUUUCUCUUCCCAAAAUGAAGUCACCUGAUGUAGACAUUGAUGUCGAGGGACCUGACAUCAAAGGUGGCAAGAUGCACAUGCCCAAAUUUGAUAUUUCCCUUCCGAAAGGAAAAAUGCCAGAAGCAGGAAUUGAUGUGGAAGGCCCUGGUGGCAAAGGAGGGAAAUUUAAAAUGCCUACGUUUGACAUGUCUCUUCCCAAAAUGAAGUCACCAGAUGUAGACAUUGAUCUGCAGGGACCUGACAUCAAAGGUCCUAAGAUGCACAUGCCCAAAAUUGACAUUUCCCUUCCAAAAGGAAAAAUACCAGAAGCAGGAAUUGAUGUUGAAGGCCGUGGUGGAAAGGGAGGCAAAUUUCAAAUGCCUUCAUUUGAUAUUUCUCUCCCCAAAAUAAAAUCACCAGAUGUAGACAUUGAUCUGGAGGGACCUGACAUAAAAGGUGGCAAGAUGCACAUGCCCAAAUUUGAUAUUUCCCUUCCAAAAGGAAAAAUGCCAGAAGCAGGAAUUGAUGUUGAAGGCCUGAGUGGUAAAGGUGGCAAAUUUCAAAUGCCCACAUUCGAUAUUUCUCUUCCCAAAAUAAAGUCACCAGAUGUAGACAUUGAUGUCGAGGGACCUGACAUCAAAGGUCCUAAGAUGCACAUGCCCAAAAUUGACAUUUCCCUUCCAAAAGGAAAAAUGCCAGAAGCAGGAAUUGAUGUUGAAGGCCUUGGUGGCAAAGGAGGGAAAUUUCAAAUGCCUACGUUUGACAUGUCUCUUCCCAAAAUUAAGUCACCAGAUGUUGACAUUGAUCUGCAGGGACCUGACAUCAAAGGUCCUAAGAUGCACAUGCCCAAAUUUGACAUUUCCCUUCCAAAAGGAAAAAUGCCAGAAGCAGGAAUUGAUGUUGAAGGCCAUGGUGGAAAGGGAGGCAAAUUUCAAAUGCCUUCAUUAGACAUUUCUCUCCCCAAAAUAAAAUCACCAGAUGUAGACAUUGAUCUGGAGGGACCUGACAUUAAAGGUGGCAAGAUGCACAUGCCCAAAUUUGAUAUUUCCCUUCCAAAAGGAAAAAUGCCAGAAGCAGGAAUUGAUGUUGAAGGCCAUGGUGGAAAGGGUGGCAAAUUUCAAAUGCCCACAUUCAAUAUUUCUCUUCCCAAAAUAAAGUCACCAGAUGUAGACAUUGAUGUCGAGGGACCUGACAUCAAAGGUCCUAAGAUGCAUAUGCCCAAAAUUGACAUUUCACUUCCAAAAGGAAAAAUGCCAGAAGCAGGAAUUGAUGUUGAAGGCCUUGGUGGCAAAGGAGGAAAAUUUCAAAUGCCUACGUUUGACAUGUCUCUUCCCAAAAUUAAGUCACCAGAUGUUGACAUUGAUCUGCAGGGACCUGACAUCAAAGGUCCUAAGAUGCACAUGCCCAAAAUUGACAUUUCCCUUCCAAAAGGAAAAAUGCCAGAAGCAGGAAUUGAUGUUGAAGGCCGUGGUGGAAAGGGAGGCAAAUUUCAAAUGCCUUCAUUAGAUAUUUCUCUCCCCAAAAUAAAAUCACCAGAUGUAGAUAUUGAUCUGGAGGGACCUGACAUUAAAGGUGGCAAGAUGCACAUGCCCAAAUUUGAUAUUUCCCUUCCAAAAGGAAAAAUGCCAGAAGCAGGAAUUGAUGUUGAAGGCCAUGGUGGAAAGGGAGGCAAAUUUCAAAUGCCCACAUUCAAUAUUUCUCUUCCCAAAAUAAAGUCACCAGAUGUAGACAUUGAUGUCGAGGGACCUGACAUCAAAGGUCCUAAGAUGCAUAUGCCCAAAAUUGACAUUUCACUUCCAAAAGGAAAAAUGCCAGAAGCAGGAAUUGAUGUUGAAGGCCUAAGUGGCAAAGGUGGCAAAUUUCAAAUGCCUACGUUUGACAUUUCUCUUCCCAAAAUGAAGUCACCUGAUGUAGACAUUGAUGUCGAGGGACCUGACAUCAAAGGUGGCAAGAUGCACAUGCCCAAAUUUGAUAUUUCCCUUCCGAAAGGAAAAAUGCCAGAAGCAGGAAUUGAUGUGGAAGGCCCUGGUGGCAAAGGAGGGAAAUUUAAAAUGCCUACGUUUGACAUGUCUCUUCCCAAAAUGAAGUCACCAGAUGUAGACAUUGAUCUGCAGGGACCUGACAUCAAAGGUCCUAAGAUGCACAUGCCCAAAAUUGACAUUUCCCUUCCAAAAGGAAAAAUACCAGAAGCAGGAAUUGAUGUUGAAGGCCGUGGUGGAAAGGGAGGCAAAUUUCAAAUGCCUUCAUUUGAUAUUUCUCUCCCCAAAAUAAAAUCACCAGAUGUAGACAUUGAUCUGGAGGGACCUGACAUAAAAGGUGGCAAGAUGCACAUGCCCAAAUUUGAUAUUUCCCUUCCAAAAGGAAAAAUGCCAGAAGCAGGAAUUGAUGUUGAAGGCCUGAGUGGUAAAGGUGGCAAAUUUCAAAUGCCCACAUUCGAUAUUUCUCUUCCCAAAAUAAAGUCACCAGAUGUAGACAUUGAUGUCGAGGGACCUGACAUCAAAGGUCCUAAGAUGCACAUGCCCAAAAUUGACAUUUCCCUUCCAAAAGGAAAAAUGCCAGAAGCAGGAAUUGAUGUUGAAGGCCUUGGUGGCAAAGGAGGGAAAUUUCAAAUGCCUACGUUUGACAUGUCUCUUCCCAAAAUUAAGUCACCAGAUGUUGACAUUGAUCUGCAGGGACCUGACAUCAAAGGUCCUAAGAUGCACAUGCCCAAAUUUGACAUUUCCCUUCCAAAAGGAAAAAUGCCAGAAGCAGGAAUUGAUGUUGAAGGCCAUGGUGGAAAGGGAGGCAAAUUUCAAAUGCCUUCAUUAGACAUUUCUCUCCCCAAAAUAAAAUCACCAGAUGUAGACAUUGAUCUGGAGGGACCUGACAUUAAAGGUGGCAAGAUGCACAUGCCCAAAUUUGAUAUUUCCCUUCCAAAAGGAAAAAUGCCAGAAGCAGGAAUUGAUGUUGAAGGCCAUGGUGGAAAGGGUGGCAAAUUUCAAAUGCCCACAUUCAAUAUUUCUCUUCCCAAAAUAAAGUCACCAGAUGUAGACAUUGAUGUCGAGGGACCUGACAUCAAAGGUCCUAAGAUGCAUAUGCCCAAAAUUGACAUUUCACUUCCAAAAGGAAAAAUGCCAGAAGCAGGAAUUGAUGUUGAAGGCCUUGGUGGCAAAGGAGGAAAAUUUCAAAUGCCUACGUUUGACAUGUCUCUUCCCAAAAUUAAGUCACCAGAUGUUGACAUUGAUCUGCAGGGACCUGACAUCAAAGGUCCUAAGAUGCACAUGCCCAAAAUUGACAUUUCCCUUCCAAAAGGAAAAAUGCCAGAAGCAGGAAUUGAUGUUGAAGGCCGUGGUGGAAAGGGAGGCAAAUUUCAAAUGCCUUCAUUAGAUAUUUCUCUCCCCAAAAUAAAAUCACCAGAUGUAGACAUUGAUCUGGAGGGACCUGACAUUAAAGGUGGCAAGAUGCACAUGCCCAAAUUUGACAUUUCACUUCCAAAAGGAAAAAUUCCAGAAGCAGGAAUUGAUGUUGAAGGCCGUGGUGGAAAGGGAGGAAAAUUUCAAAUGCCUUCAUUCGAUAUUUCGCUUCCCAAAAUCAAGUCACCUGAUGUAGACAUUCAUGCAGAGGGACCUGACAUCAAAGGUGGCAAGAUGCACAUGCCAAAAAUUGAUAUUUCCCUUCCAAAAGGAAAAAUGCCAGAAGCAGGAAUUGAUGUUGAAGGCCUUGGCGGCAAAGCAGGCAAAUUUCAAAUGCCUACAUUUGAUAUUUCUCUCCCAAAAAUCAAGUCACCAGAUGUAGACAUUGAUCUGAAGGGACCUGACAUCAAAGGUCCAAAGAUGCACAUGCCCAAAUUUGACAUUUCCCUUCCGAAAGGAAAAAUGCCAGAAGCAGGAAUUGAUGUUGAAGGCCGUGGUGGAAAGGGAGGCAAAUUUCAAAUGCCUUCAUUUGAUAUUUCUCUCCCCAAAAUAAAAUCACCAGAUGUAGACAUUGAUCUGGAGGGACCUGACAUAAAAGGUGGCAAGAUGCACAUGCCCAAAUUUGAUAUUUCACUUCCAAAAGGAAAAAUGCCAGAAGCUGAAAUCGAUGUUGAGGGUCAUGGUGCAAAAGGAGGCAAAUUUCAAAUGCCUUCAUUAGAUAUUUCUCUCCCCAAAAUAAAAUCACCAGAUGUAGACAUUGAUCUGAAGGGACCUGACAUCAAAGGUCCAAAGAUGCACAUGCCCAAAUUUGACAUUUCCCUUCCGAAAGGAAAAAUUCCAGAAGCAGGAAUUGAUGUUGAAGGCCCUGGUGGCAAAGGUGGCAAAUUUCAAAUGCCUACGUUUGACAUUUCUCUUCCCAAAAUGAAGUCACCUGAUGUAGACAUUGAUGUCGAGGGACCUGACAUCAAAGGUGGCAAGAUGCACAUGCCCAAAUUUGAUAUUUCACUUCCAAAAGGAAAAAUUCCAGAAGCAGGAAUUGAUGUUGAAGGCCCUGGUGGCAAAGGAGGGAAAUUUAAAAUGCCCACGUUUGACAUGUCUCUUCCCAAAAUCAAGUCACCAGAUGUAGACAUUGAUCUGCAGGGACCUGACAUCAAAGGUCCUAAGAUGCACAUGCCCAAAAUUGACAUUUCCCUUCCGAAAGGAAAAAUGCCAGAAGCAGGAAUUGAUGUUGAAGGCCUUGGUGGCAAAGGAGGGAAAUUUCAAAUGCCUACGUUUGACAUGUCUCUUCCCAAAAUGAAGUCACCAGAUGUUGACAUUGAUCUGCAGGGACCUGACAUCAAAGGUCCUAAGAUGCACAUGCCCAAAAUUGACAUUUCCCUUCCAAAAGGAAAAAUGCCAGAAGCAGGAAUUGAUGUUGAAGGCCGUGGUGGAAAGGGAGGCAAAUUUCAAAUGCCUUCAUUUGAUAUUUCUCUCCCCAAAAUAAAAUCACCAGAUGUAGACAUUGAUCUGGAGGGACCUGACAUAAAAGGUGGCAAGAUGCACAUGCCCAAAUUUGAUAUUUCCCUUCCAAAAGGAAAAAUGCCAGAAGCAGGAAUUGAUGUUGAAGGCCUGAGUGGUAAAGGUGGCAAAUUUCAAAUGCCUACAUUCGAUAUUUCUCUUCCCAAAAUAAAGUCACCAGAUGUAGACAUUGAUGUCGAGGGACCUGACAUCAAAGGUCCUAAGAUGCACAUGCCCAAAAUUGACAUUUCACUUCCAAAAGGAAAAAUGCCAGAAGCAGGAAUAGAUGUUGAAGGCUUUGGUGGCAAAGGAGGGAAAUUUCAAAUGCCUACGUUUGACAUUUCUCUUCCCAAAAUGAAGUCACCAGAUGUUGACAUUGGCUUGGAGGGACCUGACAUCAAAGGUGGCAAGAUGCACAUGCCCAAAAUUGACAUUUCCCUUCCAAAAGGAAAAAUGCCAGAAGCAGGAAUUGAUGUUGAAGGCCUUGGUGGCAAAGGAGGGAAAUUUCAAAUGCCUACGUUUGACAUGUCUCUUCCCAAAAUUAAGUCACCAGAUGUAGACAUUGAUCUGCAGGGACCUGACAUCAAAGGUCCUAAGAUGCACAUGCCCAAAAUUGACAUUUCCCUUCCAAAAGGAAAAAUGCCAGAAGCAGGAAUUGAUGUUGAAGGCCGUGGUGGAAAGGGAGGCAAAUUUCAAAUGCCUUCAUUUGAUAUUUCUCUCCCCAAAAUAAAAUCACCAGAUGUAGACAUUGAUCUGGAGGGACCUGACAUAAAAGGUGGCAAGAUGCACAUGCCCAAAUUUGAUAUUUCCCUUCCAAAAGGAAAAAUGCCAGAAGCAGGAAUUGAUGUUGAAGGCCUGAGUGGUAAAGGUGGCAAAUUUCAAAUGCCCACAUUCAAUAUUUCUCUUCCCAAAAUAAAGUCACCAGAUGUAGACAUUGAUGUCGAGGGACCUGACAUCAAAGGUCCUAAGAUGCACAUGCCCAAAAUUGACAUUUCCCUUCCAAAAGGAAAAAUGCCAGAAGCAGGAAUUGAUGUUGAAGGCCUUGGUGGCAAAGGAGGGAAAUUUCAAAUGCCUACGUUUGACAUGUCUCUUCCCAAAAUUAAGUCACCAGAUGUUGACAUUGAUCUGCAGGGACCUGACAUCAAAGGUCCUAAGAUGCACAUGCCCAAAAUUGACAUUUCCCUUCCAAAAGGAAAAAUGCCAGAAGCAGGAAUUGAUGUUGAAGGCCGUGGUGGAAAGGGAGGCAAAUUUCAAAUGCCUUCAUUUGAUAUUUCUCUUCCCAAAAUAAAAUCACCAGAUGUAGACAUUGAUCUGGAGGGACCUGACAUUAAAGGUGGCAAGAUGCACAUGCCCAAAUUUGAUAUUUCCCUUCCAAAAGGAAAAAUGCCAGAAGCGGGAAUUGAUGUUGAAGGCUCUGUUGGUAAAGGAGGCAAAUUUCAAAUGCCUUCAUUAGAUAUUUCUCUUCCCAAAAUCAAGUCACCAGAUACAGAUACUGAUGCAGACCUUGGUGUCCAUGGAAGUGAUUGGAGUCCAAAAGGUCCAACCGUUGAAAUUAACAUGCCAAAACUUCCCAAAUUUGGCCAUGAAAAAGAUAUUCGCCUCAGGUCUCCAGAACUUGACAUUGAAAGUCCAGACUUGGAUUUAAAGGGUCCUCACAAAGGGAAGGUCAGAAUAGAAGGGCCUAAUGUUGACAUUGAUGGAGCUGGUGGAAACUUCAAAAUGCCCAACGUUAAACUUCCAUCAGUUGACAUAACCGCCCCCAAAGUUAACCUGGACUUUGGAUUGCCUAAAUCUAAAGGUGAUGACAGGGAAGAGAUUGAAUUGCUAAAGGCUGAAGGCAGCAGGCCCUCUUCUGGAGCAAGUUUUGAAGUUCCAGAUGUCUCUCUAAAAAUGCCAAAAUUUUCUCUUCCCAAAUUUGGAGGUAAAUCCAAGAGAGGUGACUUUGAAAUAGAAGGUCAAGGUCCCAAAGCAGACAUUAGAAUUAGCCCUCCACGACUAGAAAGUGAAGUCAGAGAACCAUCGCUUGAAAUUGGGUCUGAUGGGAAGGUAAAAGGUCGGGUUAAGAUGCCUAAAAUUAAAAUUCCAGGUUUUGGAAUAUCAAAAAAAGAGGGAGAAGCCAUAAUUAGUAUCCCCGAAGCUGAAGCUAAACAUCAAGUUCCAGAUGUCACCAUCAAAAUGCCAAAGUUCUCUAUGCUUAAAUCUGGAAAUAAGGAAGGUGACCUCGAUAUUUGUGCACCUGAUGCAGAAAUGGACAUCAAAGGGAAGGUCAAAAUGCCAUCUGUUGAGAUUUCCCUGCCAACAACAAAGCUACCUGAGGGUGAGGUUUUACUUCCAAAAGCCGAAGUAGAUGUAUCUGAAGCUGAUAUUAAAGCUUAUGAAGGUCAUCUAAAAAUCCCCAAAAUGCCCUCGAUUGGCAUAUCAGUCCCAAAAAUUGAUCUUGAUGUAGCCCUUCCCAAAGGACAAGCUGGAGAUAUCGAUGUUCCAGGACUUGACACUGAGAGAGGUGGAGGCACAUUUAAAAUGCCAAAAAUGAAAAUUCCAGAGAUAGAUAUAUCAGUUCCAAAAAGACAGUCUGGAAUUAUUGAUGUUCCAAAAAUUGAAGGUGAGGGAGAUGGAGGGAAAUUUAGGAUGCCAAAAAUUAAAAUGCCAGAGGUAGAUAUUUCAGUUCCAAAAAGACAGUCAGGAGAUAUUGAUGUUCCAAACAUUGGCAUUGAGGCAGAUGGUGGCAAAUUUAAGAUGCCACAAAUUAAAUUGCCGGAAGUAGAUAUCUCCGUCCCAAAAAGACUAUCUGGACAUGGUGAUGUUUCAAACAUGGAAGUUGAGGGAGAGGGAGGCAAAUUUACAAUGCCUAAAAUUAAAAUGCCAAAGGUGGACAUAUCAGUUCCAAAAGGAAAACUUGAUACUGAUGGAUUGGGUGAACUCAACAUUGACUUACCAAAAGGGAAAGCAGAACAUCAAGGCAUAAAAAUUCCAUCAAUAGACAUAAAAGUUCCAAAAGGUGAUCUGGAGUUAGACAUAAGCUUACCAAAAGCUGAUGGAGGAAAACAAAAGAAAAAGAUUGAGCUGCCUGACUUAGACAUGGAUAAUUCUUCCAGCCAAGAUAAAAUGAAAGGUCCAAAGAUUAAAGGUACAAAGUUUAAAAUUGGAAUGCCAAAAAUGAAGGUUGCAGGAGACGCAGGAUUGGAUGCGAAGAAACCGGCGAAGGAGGAUGAAGAGACAGGGAGGAGACUCAAAAUAAAAAAGCCCAAAGUAGAUUUUGAUAAGGAUGGUGGGGAAGCUAAAUUCCAAAUGCCACAAAUUAAUCUUCCAGAUGUGGGGUUUUCUACGCCUAAAGCUGAAAUGCACGGCCCAGAAAUAAGUGGAAAAUUCAAAAUGCCUGAUUUGGAAAUCUCAGGUCCUAAGCUAAAAGGACAUGGAGAGACUGACAUGAAAGGUACAGAUAUUAACCUGGGUCCCCUGGAGGAUAAGGAACGGAUUAAGCUUCAAAUGCCCAAAAUCUCCUUGCCAACUGUGGGGUUCAAAGAUAAAUCAGGCUCAACUGAAUUGAUAGCCCCUAAUUCUGAUUCAGAGGAUGGAAUUUCAUUUCCGAAAUUAGAAAUUAUGGCCCCAAAAAUUUUAGACUUUGACAUUAGGUCCUCGCAAGUUGAAGAUGAAGAUACAGAAGGAGAUAUCGACAAUAAAAAUAAAAUAAAAAUACCAAAGUUUGGGGUUGCUCUGCCUUCCAUCACAGGACCUGAGACAACAGUGAAUAUCAAAGCACCAGAUACAAAAAUCAAAGGACCUGCUGCUAAAAUAAAAGUCACUGAAACUGGCAAUGAUUAUGAAGGUCCUAAAAUGCCAAAAGUGAAGAAAGCAGUAUUUGUUUUGGUAAACCCAAACACAGAUGAGUCUGAUAUAUCUGCAAGCUUUCCAGAAGAUAAAGUGAGAAUGCCAAAGAUCAAAAUGCCAAGCUUUGAAAAAUCAAAGGACAGAGGAACAGGAAUAAAUGGAGAGGAAGAUUUAGAUGAGGAUGGGACGUCAAAAGGAAUCAAAUUGAAAAUGCCAAAAGUAAGCUUCUCUUCAGGAAAGAGUGGCUCUUUUGAUGUGACUGUUGGACCCAAUCAAGGAUCAGUGCCCAGUGUCAAUGGUGAGAAAGAUAUUGCAUUCCACAAUGGAUCCAAGGAAGACAGAGCCAAAUUUGGGAAGCUCAAGCUGCCCAAGAUUGAGUUCACGUCCCCGUACUCCAGAAACAGCGGGGCAGAAGACGACACUGAGCUGAACAUGAAGCUAGUCAAAAAGGAGGAAUCAUCCACAAUUACUUUACCUGGGUUCAAGAAAAAGGCAGGGAAAGGGGAGGAAGAGGAACCAGGUCACAUGGUGUCCUCCAAGGCCAGGAAGGAAAUGUUCACAGAAGGAGAGGGUUCAGAGUCAGCCCUGCCCAAGAUCUCCAUCGGCUUUGUUCCUGGGAGACUAAAGGGACAGGCAGAGGCAGACCGCACUGACGUUGGCGAGAGAAGCAAAAGGGAGACUGAUAGCAGGGAGAAGUCGCUUCAAUUUAAGGUCCCCAAGGUCAGCUUGAGCCCCCAGUCCACAGGAAUCCUGCAUAUCACACAGAAAAGCUCACCCCAGGGGAGCAAAUCCUCCCUGCAGUGCUCCGGAGAAGGUGAGGCCUCCACCGGAAUCAGGGUACAGUUGCCCAGUGUGGGGUUCUCCUCCCCCUACACCUCUGAAGAACAGGCUGGCCCCACAUCCAAUAAGGGCACUGUGAUGGCGCUAACAAAAUCGUCCAAACACACAAAAAAGGAGCCUGGGACUGGCCAAGCUGAAAGUUCACCUUCACGUUGGCAUUUCUAAAAAGAAAAUAUUGAGAGAUGAGCAACAACAUGCUCUCGUUUUCUGAAAAAAAUAAUAAAUAAGCGACCACUUUAUUUUGUUCUUUUUCCUCAUGUUUUUUUUUUCUAUUUUAAUUUGUAUUGUUUUCGUGCCUUUUACUCGCUUGUACCAAUGUCAAUCUUACAACAAAACCCCCCCAAAAGAACACCUGUACAGCUGGGACACACACACACACACAUGUUCAUGUAUACAUUCGUGUAUGCACACACACACACACAGCUAAUAGGUCUGCCACUGAUUUUUGCUGUAUGUGCUUUUUGAAAACAGGAAUUUGACAUGAUUUAUAAAUUAAAUUGUAAAUAUAAAUAAGCAGAAUAAAACUCCAAACACAAAUGAAGUGAUUAUGUGGUAAGAUUAGGUGAGUUUUGAAUGAGUGUUAUGUUGUGGCAUUAACCAAUAGUGGGGUGUGCUUUAAUAUACUAGGCAAAUCCAUAAAGACCUAUAAAUAGUUGGGUCUUUAUGACCAUUACUCUGAAACUAGAUAAUGAUUUGAGUAUUAUCAUGUAAUUUUGAUAAGAUUUUGAUUUCUUGUUUGCUUUCUCUUUACUUAAAUUCUGUUUUAUUUUAGUAGUCCUUUUGAGGUUCCAUGUGAGUACAUCAUAAGGUGAACUUAAGUUUUCAUGCUGCUUCAAGGCUUUGUACUGUGCUAUCCCUGGUGUGAUUUCUUUUGGAAUUUAUUCAAUCUAUAAUAAGCCAUCUUGGACACAGUGAGUCUUGGAACAUAUUUGUUAUUGUACAAAUGCAACAGGUCUUUUCUCUACAGUUUAAAAAUGCUUAAAUACAGUAGUGUGCCUUUUUAAUGUCCGAUAUGAAAGCCUAAUUUGCCAAAUAUAAAAGAUUUCAUGAGUCUUUUAGGGCACGUUUGGGGCUGCAGGAUCAACUUAAAAAGAAAGGUUGCACUCGGUUUGCUGAAAUGCAGUUUUUAGUACCAACAUCGUGGCAGCAAGCUGCCUUUUUCCUUUUUCACAUGGGGGCUGCAUGAUAAACAUAGUAUGAAUAGUCUAUCUGUAAUCCUGUUUCAUCUACCAGUUGGCAAAGUCUCUUAACCUUGUUGAACACUGACACCGAAACUGAACAUAUGCAUUGACCUAGUAAAUAGUAUGAUCCACUGUGUGGGAACGGAUUCCAUGCAGUUCAGGAACACAGUUUAACAGUAUCUAUAUGUAUAGAAAGAUAAUUACAAAUGCUUUUGUGCUCAGUAGCAUGCGUCUCAAAGUGUUUUUGUGUACUGGCUUUUUAUGGAAGGCCAUUUUUGAAGCAAUGUGUAAUUUAAGUGGCAUUUUGAAAUAACAUUUAAAAAAGAAUGCAAAGUAAUAAAACUUAAUAUUCUUAAU